AUGAACUUCUUAUCAAAGACAUUUACGUCGCUCACUGGAGGAUCUAUUCCAUACAACUUUGGUGAGGAACAGCUACCCAACCCUUCAUUUCCUUCAAUCUGGAAAAUAUACGAUGGUACCAAAAAAGAUGAUGGUUCACCAUGCACCAUAUUUGCAUUCGAAGCUAAAACACUUCCUGAAAUGUUACCAUUAGCUGCUAACGCCCUAAGAAAGAUCAGAAGUAUAAGAUUGCCAGGUAUAUUGAAAAUCCUCGACACAUUUGAAAAUGAUUCUUAUCUAUACAUUGUUUCUGAAAGAGUACAAUCAUUAGCCCAUUAUUUGAAAGAUUCAAAUCAUUUGACUGAGGAAAUUAAAUUGUUGAUUGUUCAAUCAGUUGCUAGAGCUAUUAAAUUUAUUAACGUGGAAGCUUCUUCAGUUUUAGGAUUUAUUGAUUUUUCCACAAUUUUCAUUAAUGAAAAAGGUGAAUUCAAAUUGGGUGGGUUUGAAGUGUUGACUAAUUUGAAAACUGAUCCUGAUCAACCUAUUUAUAGAUUAUCUGGCAAAUUGAAUGGGUUUAAUGAACUUUUAUCUCCUGAAGUUUCAUCAAAUGGGAUUGAAAUACUUAGAGGUUCACAAACUGUCAAGUUUGAUUCUUGGAGAUUGGGUGUUUUGAUUUAUAAAUUGUUCAAUAUUGAUGCUUAUACUAUAACAAAUGAUGACUUAUUAAAAGGUAAAAAUAUACCAAAAAAUUUGUUAGCUGCUUACAAGAAAUUAUUAAGUACAUCAGUUACUGUUAGACCUACUGUGGAACAAUUCUUAAAGAAUGGGGAACACACGUAUUUUAACACUAAUUUAAUCAAUUGUUACAAAGAAUUGGACGAAUUUGGAUUAAGAAAUGAUCAAGAAAAAUUACAAUUUUUCCAAAACUUGGAAGUUGUUAAAGAAGAUGCACCACCUGGAUUCAUGGAAAAUAGAAUUUUACCUGAAUUAUCCAAUUUUUUCAAUCAUAGUCCAGAAAAUGCUGCAUUUGCCUUACGGUACAUUUUAACAUUUGGUGAAGUUUUACCCGAUUCUUCAAAAAUUGCACUCAUAAAACCAGUGAUCCUAAAAGCUUUUACAUUGCCUGAUAGACAAAUUCGUGUUUUAUUGUUGGCUUCAUUACCAAAAUUUAUGGAAAUUUUAACAAAAUCUGAUAUAAGUGAUCGUAUCUUCCAAUAUUUUGUUACUGGUUUUUCUGAUUCAAAUCCUGCAAUAAGAGAAGAAACCAUCAAAUCAGUAUUGGUGAUUGCACCAAAAUUAUCAGAUAGACAAUUGAAUAAUGAACUGUUGAGAUUCUUGGCCAAGACUCAAAGUGAUGAAAAACCAGAAAUCAGAACAAAUACAACAAUUUGUUUGGGUAAAAUUGCAGAACAUUUGAACAAAUCAUCAAGAGCUUCAGUGUUGGCUACUGCUUUUAGUAAAGCAAUGAAGGACCGAUUCAUUCAUUCACGAUUAGCUGCUAUAAUGGCAAUUUCAAGUUGUAUUGAUUAUUUUACCCCAGAAAUUAUUUGUACAAAGAUUUUAUCAGUUAUUGCACCAUCAUUAUUAGACAAGAGUUCAAAAGUUAGAGAUGAAGCACAAAAGGCAUUUGAUUUAUUUUUCAGUAAGAUCAAAGAAGAAGCUGCCAACUUACCUCCUGAUAAUGACACAGCGGGU